CGGGUUAGCCACUCUGAUCAUCCCCAGGUUUCAAUGGAUAAGCAGACGACACUAUUGCCAACGAAAGACCAGAUCGUCUCCGUGACUCCCGAGGUGGAUUUUAUCUUAUAUCACGUCAAUGAUGGGGAACCUUUGGCUAACUACAUCAAACAACGCUUCAGCGACAAGCGACUAAUGUGCAGUGUCCACACUAAAGACUUUGACGCUGCCUGCAAAUCCAACACUCGCAGAACUGACCCGAAUGUCGCAAAAGUGACGGUUCUUAUCGCGUCACCAAUGAUGCUGUCCCUUCUGCCGCAGACGAAGCCGUUUGCCCGAGAUUUGUUCCCGAACCCCGAGCUGACUGUAGUUAUCUGUAUUCACACAGAGAUGGGAAACGUCGCCAAGUUAAUGACUGAAAUCGUCGAUCGUUUUGAAAAAUGGACAAAAUGUCUGAUUGGAGAUGACAGAGCCUCGUUUCGGAACUGUUUGGUGACGUUGAUGACCAUGUUGGAAGACUAUGACACGGAACCGCUGCCAGCCAUGAAGUUGUUUCAAGUUGUCCCUUCCACCAUUAAUUCGAAGACAGAAAAGAUUCACAUCAUAUUUACCAAGGAAAUCCAAGGACAAGUGGAAGUGCGGUACUGCGGUCACGUGGUCUCCACCGUGGUAUACAAUCCGUACACUGUUAUAUUUUCUCCAUCUGCAUCAAGAUACGUAAGAUCGGCGGAAAUUGAAGUCACCAUUGACGGAAUUUCCUUGGGAACAGAAGAAGUAUUAUGCUUGUCAAAGAAGGAAGAGGUGUGCCAGUUACUUCACGAUGUCUUGAACCCAGUGGAGUUUUUGUCGGAGACCCUUUUCUCGGAAAAGAUCAGCGCAGAAGAUCUAGAUGGAAGGCUAGCGAAGGCGAUGGAGAGCGAUAUCCACGUGAAACUUAUCGACGCCUUCCGCCACGUGGAAAAUGUCAAAUGGGAUGACUAUACUACUCAACAAGAUCAGCCGACACUUUUACAUUUCGCGGCAAAACUUGGUCUGCAAAAGUUGGCGACAGUGCUUCUGAAAAUGCCCGGUGCAAUUCACGCCUGUCGUAUGUUCAACUGUAUCGGAUGGUCGGCAGAGGAUGUCGCACAAAUAGCUGGACAUAGCGAACUGGCUGACGAUAUACGGACAUUCAAGGAAGGACACGAUAAGGCUUGCAGACAAUACCCAGGAAAAGAUGCAGGCUACGUGGAAAUGAAGAAGUCAGCACAUGUGUCACGGACUACGUCUAAUGUCGAGCAUCCCGUAGCACCCCCGGUUCCGACAUCACCCAGACCGAAUACAGAUCCAAAAUAUAUCCAUGCGCAUGAAAGCAGUACUACACGUCUUGGUGACGGGGACAACGAAUGGGAUAUUAUGCGACGACCACGAUCCAAGGGAAGCGUAUCAAUUUAUCGAGAUGUGAAAGUUAUCAACUCUGAAUCUUUAAGGAGGCAGAUAUCACGUGAAGAGAAAAGCAGGCCCAAUCGCGUUACAGUGCUCAUUGAAGACUCUUUAGAUCUGAGCCCACCUUCCAACAAUGGCGGGGAUUCCGAUCGUGCGGAACGAGAAUACGCGACAAUCGGCGAAUUCUUGGAGGAUUAUAAAUCCUAUACAUCCCUGGCUAAAACCACGGGCCCACCCUUACCAGAAAAAGAUCCAAGUACCCCAGGUUCUGCGAUAAACAGCCAUGCAGCGACCCAAGAGAGAAAAACACAACCCCAAGAAAGCAUAUACAGCUUUCCAAAGCCUAUUACAAAUAAAAUCUGAAGAAAGUUUUUUUAAUGGGUUUAUAUCAUGUUCUGAAAGCCGAGAACAAUUUACUUUAAACAAAAAUAGCACUGGGUUUAUUUUCAUUAACUGAAACAGUUUUAAUGUAGACAGUAUAUAUGUAUAGAAAAGGAUAUUGAUAAACGUGAUUCUUAUUUCCCAUAUUGAAUUAGCAGAUGAACCGGCAAAGAAAGAUUGGCUCCAGGGUAAAACAAACAGAAGACUAUUGAUUACAAUGAGCUGAAGCAAAAAAAUCUAAACAAAAAGACAGAAACAAAACCAAGGACAUAACUCAAUCAAAGGAUUGACAAGGGAGGAGCAAGUCAUCAUUUGUAGACAGAACAGGACAUAACAGACUGGAUAGCUACCUACACACAGUCAAGCUCUCAAAUACUGCAGUGUGCCUAUGUGGACAGGGAGAAGAGACAACAACCCAUAUCCACCAGGAUUGCAGCCAGCACCAACAAAUAAGAGACCAGAUGCGGCCUGCUUACGUAUCCAUGGCAGAAAGUUACAUGGCGACAAAGAACACCUUAAGAAAACUGCCCAGUUCACCCUGAUGUCGAAGAAUAGUUUAGUUUCGAAAAGCAACCUAUUUAGGACGCGACAGUCAUGUUGAUUAGAGUGAACGAAAAGAAGAAUAAUUCCGAUAUAAUUAUGCAGUAGAAAUCACUGUAAAUUAUUCUCUUUUUUCUUGCUUUCUUUAUUAAAUGUUUUAUAAAAUAAAAUAAAAAUAAAUAAAAUUAAUCUUCUUUUUAACCCUUUUGCACAAAUACUUUAUUACCACAAAACGGCAAUGAGGUAAUCAAUUUAUAACAGUAUUUCAAACACAUUAAUAGACGUGUGUACUAUGUGAUAUAAUAGUAUAUGUAUUUUAUUGCUGUUGAUGACAUCAUUAAACCUUUUUGAAAAAAACCCAAAUAAAACAAA